AUGGCAGAAAGAAUACUACAAGAUAUAGCUGAACAGAAAAAGCGUCUUGCAAUAGCGCAAAUCAAUGAAAACACGGCAGAGAAAGCAAGUGCCUACUGCGAUCUUGGCGAAGCUUAUUACUUCGUCAGUGACUUCCAUCAAGCAGUAGAGUACCUCAAGCAAUACCUGAGCAUUGCUGAGGAAGUCGGUGACAGAGCAGGAUCAGCGGGACGUGCCUAUGCCAUUCUCGGCAGUGCUCACGAUUCCCUCGGUGACUCCCAAAGAGCAAUAGAGUACCACAAUCAAGAGCUCAGGAUUGCCAAGGAAGUUGGUGACAGGGCAGGUGAAGGAUGUGCCUAUGGUCAUCUCGGCGGUACUUAUUACAGACUUAAAGAAUUCCAAAGAGCAAUAGAGUACCUCAAUCAACACCUCAGCAUUGCCAAGGAAGUUGGUAACAGGGAAUGUGAAGGCAAAGCCUAUCACAAUCUCGGCCUUGUUUAUGACAACCUUGAAGAAUUCCAUCGAGCAAUAGAGUACUACAAUCAAGAGCUCAUCAUUGCCGGCAGAGCUCACGAUUCCCUCGGUGACUCCCAAAGAGCAUUAGAGUACACCAAUAAAUACCUCAGCAUUGCCAAGGAAGUUGGCAACAGGGAGUAUGAAGGCAAAGCCUAUCACAAUCUCGGCCUUGUUUAUAACAGCCUUGUAGAAUUCCAACGAGCAAUAGAGUACUACAAUCAAGAGCUCAUCAUUGCCAAGGAAGUUGGUGACAGGGAAGGGCAAGGCAAAGCCUAUCUCCAUCUCGGCAAAACUUAUCACAGCCUUAAUGAAUUCCAAAGAGCAAUAGAGUACACCAAUAAAUACCUCAGGAUUGCCAAGGAAGUUGGUGACAGGGCAGGUGAAGGACGUGCCCAUGGCAUUCUCGGCGCUACUUAUCACAGUCUUAAUGAAUUCCAAAGAGCAAUAGAGUACUACAAUCAAUGCCUCAGGAUUGCCAAGGAAGUUGGUGACAGGGCAGUUGAAGGACUUACCUAUGGCAUUCUCGGCACUACUUAUCACAGCCUUAAUGAAUUCCAAAGAGCAAUAGAGUACCACAAUCAACACCUCAGGAUUGCCGAGGAAGUUGGUGAC